AUGCCGAGGUUCGGAGAAGAAAACGGUGAUCCGAGGCCAAAUAAUCCUGAGCCACCGCUGCUAGCAUUCAAUGGAAUCAGAGGGAAGAGAUAUGUUAUCGGAACCAUGAAGAAGCAGGUGCUUUUCAAUCACAUGGUAAUGGUGGACAAGGCAGACGUGUACCCACGUUGGGACAAGGAUGUAGAUGACGAGAAGGUGGACAACAUCAUCAAGGCCUUGCUUGGGGAAUUUGGUGGAGGAUGGGUCUGGAAACCAGCUGACUGGGUUAGAGAAGGGAUAUUGGUGGUUAAGAAGGCUGAUGAUGAUGAAGCGAUAAGUGUCAAAAGAGCUCGGACCUCAGAUGGUUCACCUGCGGAGGCCUCUGGUGCUGGCUGGAAAGGUCUUGAGGCGAAGAUUGAGGAGCUUUUUAAAGACUUCACCAAAAAACACUUCGAGGAGAUGAGUAAGACCCAGGAAAAGAUUCAGGUCCUCACCGCUCAAGUCGCUGUGGUAGGGAGGAUUGUCAAGAAGCUUUCGCAUCCUCAGGCUCAGGAUUCUGUGAAGUCCAGUGAGGAUACUGUGAAGUCCAAUGAGGAUUCUGCGAAGGCCAAUGAAGAGCUGGAGAAGAAGAAUGAGGAGCUGGAGAAGAAGAAUGAGGAGAAGUCCGAUGAGGAGCCGGAUAAGUCCGAUGCCGGUGAAGGGAAGACGGCUCCGCCUGGUGGAACGGCAACAGAAGAGCAGAUCAAGGCGGCUAAUGUUAUGGCAAGAGGGAAAAGUGAGAGAGUAAGGAAGCUGGCGUUUACUCAGAAAGGUGAGUUCCAAGGAAACAGCACCGCUAGAAGGAUCAUCCUAAACAACCCCCCGGAGAUACCCAAUUCCCCACCGAAAUCACUUAAGAUCAUCUCUAAACCGAGGAAAGCAGCUAAUCCGAAGAAGAGCAGAUCCGAAGAAAGCAGAUCCUCCAAGAAAGCCGAUCCUCCGAAAAAAUUACCUCCUCCGAAGAAAGCACCUCCUCCGAAGAAAGCACCUGAACCUAAGAAAGCACCUGGGGUUAUUCUACAGGCUAAAGAGCCGGACAAGUUCGAUUACCCGGAAUGGCACUGGUGGUUUACUUUGCUCACGGGGUUUCAAUGGCUAUCGGAUAGCCAUAUGAAGUCCUGGGCCACCAUGAUGACUCAACGCCUAGCAACGCGACCAGAGUUGUUUAAAAAUGAUAGGAUCUGCUUCCUUGACAGUAAGAUCACUCAAUUUUGGGAAAGGGACUGGCCCAAGUUUGGUGGCGAGAUGGUUUGGGGCUGCAAACCUAACCCGCGCUGGGGGGUUCCGCGCACGGAGCUCGAAUUUAAAGGAGCUUUUGACGAGGCUUCUGGUAGUCAUGUCAGAGUUGGGGGAAAAUUUGCCGCACUGAUUCAACUUUACGAUUAG